AGAAUCCGGCCAAUAGUCAAAGUGAACUAUUAAAAAGUACAUUAUCAAAAUAAAAUUUAUUAAUUUUACCAGCCAACCUGAAGGCUUGAAAGUUUUUUCCCCCUCAAACGGUUCUGUAAUAAAGGUCUGUUUUUGUACUCAUUCCUCUAUUUUAUUCAUUUAUAUCCAGGUUAUUCUUUGCUAGAUAAUGUCAAUGACCCUUUCAGGUUUCAUAAUAUUUUUAUGCACAAAGCCACAGUCAUUGUCUCUUUUUGCUCUGAUCUUCUGUCAAUUAAAAUUUUAAAUGAGCAUUAUCAAAAAAGAAGGAACAUUACAAACUGUAUUACAAAUACCCUGCAAAUUUAUCACUGUUAGGAAUAAAAUAUCAGGCCAUGAAAUUAUGGAAAAACUCCACUUAGUAGAAAGUAUAGCUUAAUACUGUAUAUUUAUGUCAAUAACUCUCUUGUAGACUGUAGAAACGAGGCAUUUCACGUAGCAGAAUAUAUUCUUUCCACCCCCAUCCCAUCACAUCCACCACCAGAUCUACAAUCCCCCCACCCAUUCUCUCUGUGAUCUUGAAGAGCUUGCUUCACCCCAGUCAGGCUCCAGCGCUCCAGCCGGCAGCAGUAUCGAGCUAACAAGUCUUUGUGAGGAGCAAGAGAAGGAAAGGAAGGAGGGGUGCAAAGUAGGAGAGAAUCACAUGGUGAGAGAGUUGACAGUAUAAGCAUAGGAUGAGGGUGCAGAGGGAGAAUGCAUAAGACAGUGACAGAGGCAAAGGUGCUCAGUACUGCACAAUAGUGCCAGAGGCUGCUAGAAAGAGAGAGAACAGGCAUCAUGGCAGCGCUCACUGCAUCAUUACGACACAUGGGGAUGUUUGGCUGCUGCUGGUGAAUGCUGUGUGAUGCAGAGAGUCGAGGACUUCCUGGAAACCAAAGGCAAACCAAGGAACCAGGUGUGACCAGUGGAAGGAACCACAUGAUGAGUGGGAUUCUGAAGAGGAAGCUUGAGGAGGGUCCAUCUCCUUACCUCUCCCUGCAGGGGUCUGAUGACGACGAGGUUUCCUGUAGCGACAGUGGCAACAGCAGUGACAGUCUGAAUCAACCUGUCCCCUCUGGACUGCUGGACUACUCUCUUCAGCAGCAGUCAAAACGUCUGCGGAGCCACAAAGUGCACUUUGAGAGCGUGACAGUCUACUACUUCAACCGGCGGCAAGGCUUCACCAGCGUGCCCACGCAGGGUGGCAGCACCCUGGGGAUGUCACCACAUCACAGCAGGAUGAAGCACUUCACCCUCAGAGAGUUUGCCAUGGAGCAGAAAUGCAGCCAUCGCAACAUGCUGAGAGAUCAUCUCAAAGAGGAGAAAUUCAAUGCCGUCAAACUCAAGCUAACUAAGAAUGGCACUGUGCCAUCAGUGGAGGCGGAUACCCUCACACUUGAUGACAUUUCUGAAGACGACCUGGAUGUGGACAACACAGAGGUGGAUGAUUAUUUCUUCCUCCAGCCUUUGACUACCAGAAAGCGCCGCGCCCUCCUCCGUGCCUCAGGGGUCCGAUGCAUCAAUGUGGAAGAGAAGCACGAGCUACACGCCCUACGCAUGUCCCGAGAGGAGUGUGGGUGCCGUUGCCAGGGGAUAUGCGACCCGGAAACCUGUGCUUGUAACCUGGCCGGCAUUAAGUGCCAGGUAAAUGGAACUGUGGUGGACCGCAUGUCCUUCCCUUGUGGCUGCACUAAGGAAGGCUGCAGUAACACCACAGGACGCCUGGAGUUUAACCCAGUCCGAGUGCGCACCCACUUCUUGCACACCAUCAUGAAGCUGGAGCUGGAGAAGAGCCGCGAGGAGCAGCAUCAGCAUCAGCAGCAGCAGCUUGUAACCAACGGCGACGGUUACCAUAGUGACUCCUCCUUCAUCCACCAGGCACAGCAGCCAAACCAGCAGUUUCCACUGAUGAGCGGCACGCCGCACAUUCCCAUCAUGCACCUCCAGAACACAGGCGACAUGGAUUCACAUGUAGAUGAAGAUGAGGAAGAAGAGGAGGAGGAGGAGGACGAUGAUGAAGAAGAUGAAGAGGAUGAGGAUGAUGAGGCUUACGAGGAAGAUGAGGAUGGCAGCAGUGUCUGCAGUGGACUGUCGGACUGCAGCACACACAGCUUAGAAACAAUUGACCCUGAGGAGGGAGAAGAGGAUGAGGAGGAUGAAGAAGAUGAGGAGGUGGAGGAGGAAGAAGAUGAAGAGAAGGAAGACUGGGAUUGUUUGUUUCACGGAAUGAGUCAUCCAUCUUACUCGGUUCCACUUCCUUCUGUUCUGAGUUAUUCUAACAAUACACUCAUGAGCCUCAGCAACCCGUUGCACAACACUCCCUCCAUGCAGCAUUAUCAAACAAACAGCUCUGUAAAUGACACUCCAGCUUUUCUUAGUGAAAAUGUGACAGUCACACCCACACUGCCUACAGUAGAGGCUGCACUGAAGUCCGAAAUAACCAGAGAAUUCUGCUGCCAAACAUUCACCCACUCCACAGAGUCUCUGACACCCCAAACCUGCUCACAUGUAGACACCCGUGAGUCUAACACUGCCCCUGUUGGUUCAGCUGACAAACAGCCGCUCUGCACAGACCUCCAGAACAAUCCAGAUCAUCAGAACUCACAGACCGAGGCUUUGGCUGUGGAGCAGACAAGGGAGGAAAUGAGAGAACAGUUACAGGAACAACCAGGACAGCAAAUGCAGGGAGCUCUGUCUGAUUAAAAGACUGACACCUCUGUCUGAGACUGUGUCUGAUGAUUCAAACACUUCAGAGAGGGAGCAGGUGAUAUUUGGAAAUCUUUACUCAGCCAUCAGUUUGAUUUAUUCUUGAUAAGUGCACUUCCAAAGAAAGAACAAGUCAGGCAGAUUUUGACACAAAAGGUGGCAAGAGGUGAUCUAAUUUUAGCUCAGUCUGUCUCUAACCUUUCUAAGAUUGUUGGUUUAGAAAAAAGACUAAAACUAUAAAAUAUUCAUUGAUAAAGCUCAAUAAAACAGUGUUUCAGUUACCUGUAACUAUAUGGAGUAUAAUUUUUUACCCUGUUGUAGUCUUUGAUCAUUAUAGCAUGUUUUCCGGUUGUAACUGGCAUCUAUGAUGUGUAUAGGUGCUUUCACUACUUUCCAUUAUGCUGGUUUCUCAUCAUUGCUAAUGCCUGUUUGUAUAGCAUGUGCUCAGUUUACCUAAGAUGUUUAAAGGUUUACACAAACUGUAAAAUGAUAAAUUAUAUCACUGGCAAAACACUAGAAAUGCCUACAACACAUUAGUUCAUUAAAAUUCACGCUAAAGGUCUUUUCCCCCUCAAUUUUUAGCCAUGGUUCUGUAGCACCUUAGCUAGCUAUUAAGUGAAAUCUACAUUAUGUUCCCUUAAAAUGGCUAUGAUACAUAUUUUAUAUUAACACUGGAUUACAUUAUUAUGUGAAUGUGCAAGGAGUCUCAUAGUAGUGAUUCCCACUCAACUCUGUAAUUCCCCUCCACUUUAAAUUACAGAACAGUUUACAGUAACAUCUUUCAGCUGACGGGUUUUGUUUUACAGCCAGUAAUAUCUCUACUGUUUUGGCUAGGCGCUCUCGUAGUUAGAGCAGACAGACAUUUUAGCGAAAAGGUCCUGAUAAAGCGAAUGUAACGUUACAGUAGCUGUUCAGUACUACAUACAGGACAUAAACAAAGUUAACAACCACCUGGAAAACACUGUGCCACAUUAAGCAGCUAAUAGGUUACAUAUAUUCCUUAUAUAGGUAUACAGUCAGUGACUUACCUG